AUAAGCGUUUUGUGAUUAUUCCUUUAACCAGCAAGAAAUUAGGAGAAAUUUAUCGCUAUGAAACUCGCACUUUUGUCGAUAGUAAGCACGGCAAGGCUCUAAUCGACCAAAUUAAAACAGUUGACAAAAAGCGGCUAAUUGAAAAGUUAGGACAAUUAACCGAAAAAGAAAUGGACGCUAUUCACGAAAAACUGUUUUCGAUAUUUGAUUUAUGGGAAUACUUAAAAAAAAGAGAAUUGGAAGGGGACGAAUUGCCCGAAGUUGAAACUGUUCGUCAAAUAUUAAGAGCCGAGAUGAUUGGAAAAAAAUUUCGAAAAGUAGAAAUUUACAAACCAAAAGACGAAACAAAUAAACGA